AUGAAUACAACAACAACAACAACAACAACAUUUUACAGUGUAUUCAAGAAUCAGUAUUUGAUAAAGUUAAUAUUUAGAUAUGUUUCAAAACGUACAACACUAAGAUACCCAGACAACUUUAAAUAUAAUAUCGAGUGUCUGUCAUAUGACGAAUGGCAUGAAGUAGAGACCAUCAUCCUCAAUCGUCACUUUGGUCUAUUAAAAGAUAAAAUACUACUUCAACAAUAUAGAGACAAGAAUAAGAAUAGGAAUAACAUUCAUCAUGAGCAACAUAGACUAUUGCAAUCAUCAACACAUUUAUAUUAUUCAGAAGGGUCUAUAUUGUUGGCAUGUGAAACGAUUAAAGAUGUUGAAUGUCACCGACCGUGCCUACCAGAGUCAUCAACUGAUGGUACCGUCCGUGUCGCAACCCAACAGUCGUGUACACAAUUGGAUGGUUUCACAUGGUAUCCAAUUCAACACGAAUCGAUUCAGAUACAAACAUCUUUAUACCAUGGGCGACCCUGA